CACUCACUAUGGGUUACUGAAGUAUAACAACAGGAUCUAUGUGGGGGCAGCACACAAUUCAGACAGCAAUUGUUGCAAACAUUUCACUCCUCUGCUUUAGGGGGGCAUUCUGGCAUUAAAGCAACUUAUUACAGGAUUAAAAAGGUGUGGGUUGCCUCCCCUCCCCUCUGACAGUGGUGUCCUCUCUGCUACCUCCCGAAGCUGCAUCCCCAACCGGCGAAUCCAACUCUCGAAGCUGCUCUCUCCAUGGCUUCCCCAAGAAGCAAGGUCUGCUCUGCUCCUCCUCCUCUUCCGGUUCCUAUGUUGCCGUGUCAGGACCCAAGCCGAGAGUUUACUGACGAAGAGAUGCAGCUACACGGGAUUCAGAGAAGCGACGGUCCAGAUCAACACCAGAGAUAUCAACGGCUCGGAUUGCGUCCUCACCGUUUCACCCUGUAACUGUUACUUUUGUCGACACCGUUAUGAUCUGUAACAGUAACUUUCGCGCGUGAGCUGUGAGCUGGCAUGUAGCUUAUAAGGCACGCGAGGGGGAGGAGAUGGACAAGAAGAUUCUUAGCAUAUGCUGUAGUAGUUAGAACCCUAGCUAGCGAACCAAGUCGGGGUCUCCGAUCUCGCAGAAUUCCCUUACUUGUAUCCCUGAAAUUGCUACAGUUUUCCUCUGAUAAUGCAAGAAAUCGUGAUGAUCGAGUUGUUCUGGUAAUUUGAUCCUCACAUGCCGCCACCGCUUGCUAUAUCGGUGGCAAGUUUCACCUUGGCAAUCCGUGGCCGUGGCGGCGGCGUGAAGUCGGGGUUCGGUAAGUAGAGAAGGCUGGCUGCCGGACUCUGUUAGAUUUCUCCCGCGGUGCGUGUCAUACUACAACACAUAAUAGCAAUGCGUGGCGGAGGAGGAUUUCUGCUGAUUUCUGGGCUUUUCUAUCUCAAUAAGUAGCUAGCGACCUACAAGGCAUCCCGUGUUAGAUUCGUGAGAUUGUUUGGCAUCCUUUGCCUCUCUCAUCAGUUGUUCAAUCAUGGAGUCAUCGGGCAACAUUAGCAAAACUGAAGAUAGAAUUGAUCCGGCCAAAGGACAAGACUGUAUUGUUCCCAGCAAAGAUGAAGACAGAAUUAGUGCCCUACCCAGUGAAAUUCUUCUCCACAUCCUAGAACGCCUUGAUCUCCGCACGGCGAUUUGAGCCGGCACUGUCGCAACACGGUGGAGGCAUCUUCCUCAUCAACUAUCUCAUCUGCUCAUCAGUACCACGGACGUCUGUAAGCCCGGUUACACGACAGAUGAGAUAAUGAAGACAUACACGGACGCGACGAGGAGGCUGCUGUCUCCUCCGGCUUGCAAGUGCACUCGAACCAUCAAAACAUUGAUGCUCGGGUGCUACAUUAUGGACCCUUACUUGUCCACAAUUGGCCAUACAGUUCAGGAUGUCGUGAAGAGCCGCGAACCUGAAUACCUCGAGUUCGCAAUGUGCCCAGAUGUUGCUUCUCCAAGUGAUGCCCAAUUAGCCUUGUAUGGACAGCGGUUUAUGUCAUUCUUUGGUGCAUACCCUGGCGCCUUCAAAUGGCUCACCGGACUAAUCCUUCAGAACCUCGCGUUUCAAGGCUCAGAUGUCGCCAAUCUUGUUAGCACUUGCAGUAAACUUAAGAUUCUUCGCUUGAGAUUCUGCGUAAUGUCCCAGGAAUCUGUCCUUGAAUUAGACGCCCCAAGCUCGGACCUCAGAUCACUUGAACUUAGAUUCUUUAGAUGCUUACACGUUGAGCUAACCUGUCUUCCUAAACUGAGGGUACUGAUGUAUGAUGCUUGGUCUUGUGAAAACCCCCCAAUGUCUUUUGGCUAUGUUCCUCAGCUUCAACAACUCGCUUUUGGUUGUCCUGCCCAGUAUUGGCAGAAGCCAUUCGCACUGAGCCAAUGUUUAUCUAGUGACACAAACCUGGGGAAUCUGGUUUUUAAUUUUUACAAUCAAAGGAUCUGGGUUGAGCCUGAAGGUCCACAACGGCUGACUCCUAUAUUCAGCAAACUGACAGAUGCGCACCUUGGCGGUAUAUCUACUGAAUGUGAUUUGAAUUGGACUAUGUUUAUACUUGAAGGCGCGCCUUCACUGCAGAAUUUCCAUGUAAGCCUGUCACCUCGGUUCUUCCAAUCCACACUUUGGCCAUACAUACAUGCUUCCACUUUCCAGAUAUGUAGCAUUAAAAUAUAGGGUACCAGCAUGCAUGUGUAAUAUUAACCACUUAUUACUAUAUUCUGCCAAAUAUAGUACAUACAGUGAUACAGGGCUCUCUGGGAUGUAUAGGGAUGAUGGUGCAAUCCUAGAAUACAUGGCAGAGAAGUUGUUCUUAUCAAGGUUGUUUAUGUACUUCAUAGGAAAUGUGCGUAAAGACUAUGGAUGUUCUAUUUGUCUAACCUCAUGUUAGAUUCCCCCAAAAUUCCUAUGGAGUUUGUCUUAGUUUACUAUGUUAUUAUAGGAAUCCUAGAAAUUCAUUGCUUUGUUCCAAACGCUAUAUAGGUAAUUUCAUUUCUUCAGAUACCUCCAAGAACUCUGAUUCCAGAAAGGUUCUAAAGUUUUUAGUAAGCACACAUUUACAUUUAUGUCUUAACUCAUGCUGCUGCCAUUGCGCUUCAUUUUGAGUGCUGAUGAUGCUGAGGAUGCCAAUUUCUAAUCUAAUUUUAAAAAAUUGGUUCAUGAAGUUAUAUCGUCAUUCAUGUGAACUCAAUAAGUCCGAGGACGAUGCCGAGAAGACCAACUUGGUGUGGCAAGCAUCCAAUUUCAAGCACUUGAAAUUGAAAUUGUUUGUGAUGAAAGGGUUCGAGGAGGAAUACAAGGUGAUGAGUUAUAUACGGCUCGUCAUGGAACGAGCCGUGUGCUUAAAGAGAAUUGAGUUGCCUGCUAAAAUCCAAUGCAAUAAGUGCACUGCCAUAUCUUCAAGAUUUCCGGUGGAUGAAGCCAGCAAGCACCGCAUCAGGGAGCAACUCAGACAUGGAUUGUCCUCAUCCGCAGACAUAAUAAUCGGAUGAUGGUACAGUCAAUGAGUAAUCCGCGAGGAUAAUGUUUGGAUGAUGACGGGCUUAGUCUUGGAUGAUGUGUUAGAAUUGCUGCUAUACGUUGCGCAUUAGGCGCAGACAGUUAUAACCUCUCUUUUUUUAAUUAUUGA